GCUGACAAUAACACGUCACGUGACACCGCGGAAGUGACAGCUGGAUAUUGUUGAUGCGGAAGAAGAGAGACUUUAGUUUGAAGUUGUUUCUAACAGUGAAACGUUGGUAACUGAUAACAACAACAACAACAACAACAACAACGAGGUGUUUACAGUCUCACCGACGACGACAGGAUCAAGUUUGACGUUUCGGAAGCCAAAUGGCUGGUGCUAAUUUACAGAAAGCCAUCGAUCUCGCUGGCAAAGCUGCGGAGGAGGACAAGGCCAAAAACUACGAGGAGGCGCUGAGAUGUUACCAGAUGGCCGUCCAGUACUUCCUCCACGUGGUUAAGUAUGAAACCAAAGGCGACCGAGCGGCGCAGAGCAUCAGGGCGAAGUGCGCCGACUACCUGGACCGAGCCGAGCAGCUGAAGGAAUAUCUGGGCAAGAAGGAGAAGGCUCCUCCGGCCAAACCGGUCAAGGAGUCCGACGACAAAGGGGAGGAAAGUGGGGACGACGCUGAGAAGAAGAAGUUUGAGAAUCAACUCUCAGGAGCCAUCGUCAUGGAGAAGCCAAACAUCAAGUGGGACGACGUCGCCGGACUAGAAGGCGCCAAAGAAGCCUUAAAAGAAGCCGUGAUCCUGCCAAUCAAAUUCCCUCACCUGUUCCAAGGGAAGAGGACGCCGUGGAGGGGGAUCCUCCUGUUCGGCCCUCCGGGGACAGGGAAGUCCUACCUGGCCAAGGCAGUGGCGACGGAGGCCAACAACUCCACCUUCUUCUCCAUCUCCUCCUCCGACCUCGUGUCCAAGUGGCUGGGCGAGAGUGAAAAGCUGGUGAAGAGCUUGUUCACUUUGGCCAGAGAGCACCGGCCGUCCAUCAUCUUCAUCGACGAGAUCGACUCGCUCUGCGGCUCCAGGAGCGAAAACGAGAGCGAGGCGGCGCGGAGGAUCAAGACCGAGUUCCUGGUCCAGAUGCAAGGCGUCGGGAACAACAACGAGGGAAUCCUGGUGCUCGGAGCCACGAACAUUCCGUGGACUCUGGACUCUGCGAUCAGGAGGCGGUUCGAGAAGCGGAUCUACAUCCCGCUGCCCGAGGCGCACGCCCGCUCCUCCAUGUUCAAACUGCAUCUGGGCUCCACCCCCAACAGCCUGGUGGAGGCGGACUUCGUGACGCUGGGCCAGAAGACGGAGGGCUACACCGGGGCCGACAUCAGCGUCAUCGUGAGGGACGCUCUGAUGCAGCCGGUCCGGUUGGUCCAGUGCUCCACCCACUUCAAAAAGGUCCGCGGGUCGUCGUGGAACAAACCCGACGUGGUGGUGGAGGACCUCCUGACCCCGUGUUCGCCGGGGGACCCGGCUGCCAUAGCGAUGACGUGGAUGGACGUCCCCGGGGAGAAGCUGCUGGAGCCGGUGGUGUCCAUGCCCGACAUGCUGAGGUCGCUCACCAGCACCAAGCCCACCGUCAACGAGCAGGACCUGGACAAGCUGAAGAAGUUCACCGAGGACUUUGGUCAAGAAGGUUGAUGAUUUUCAUCCAUCGCGAUCGUCUGGUCGAGCGUCUUGUGUGAUGUUACUGUUUCUUCAUCCAGGUAGAAGUGAAUCGGCAGGUUGGGAUGUUUCUAGUGUGUUUGUAUGAGCUUCUUCUCCAGAGUGUUCUACUUCAGGAGAUGUUUACAGAACCAGAACCAGAGCAGAGAGGUGUUUUGGUGUAUUAUAGAACCUAAAAGAAUCCUUAUUUAGAAUAUUUUCACCUCUUUUCCUUCCUGACGAGGAACUGAAGACGUUAUCUUUGUCCUCCAUGAACACACCAGACUCCAUCUUCUGAUCUUCUGCUCCUCCAUCAGUGUGUUUUUUUGUGUUAUUGUGUGACUUUGGUGAAUCACAACUAAACAUUUAAACCAACAAAGUGACAGAAAACCACAAACUGUCCCAGAGAUGGUUAUUCAUGGACAGAAAGGGAAAAGGUGAAAAUAUUCACCUUUCAGGAUGUGAAAAAGUUCUGGUUCUCUUCAAGUUCAAAAAGUGAUCCUAACUUUCCCUUUAUUUCCACAUAAAGCACCUGGUGUUAUUGGGGAAUUUACCAAAAUGAUUAAUCAAUGAUCAAAAUCUUAAUUGCUGACUUUUUCAUAUAUCUCUAAUCAAUGAAUGGACUUAAUAUUGAUCAGUGAGUCAUUGAUCCCUGUGUUUGGGUCACAAUUUGUUGAUAAAUGUAUAAUAUGCUGCGGUGGGUAAAUGCAGAUUUCCAUCACUACGUAUAAUAAUUAUAAUAUAUCUCUUUUGCACCGAAUGGAAUCGGCUCUUUUAUGAAUGGGAUUUUAUACAUUUUAAAUGUUUAAACAGGUCUCUUUAAAUAUUGCAAUAACUUUUACUGGAUAGUUUAGUUCCUGUAAACACGAGCAUCAGCUUUAAGGGGCCUUCGACUUACUAAAGGAUAUGAAAUGUUGUGGAAGAAUGUAUUUUUAAGCAUUGGAGUUAUAGGUGUAAACCCUCUUCUCCAGUGGGUUGUGCGAGGGGGGGCGGAGGGGGGGGGGGGGCGUGUUUCUUACUGGUUACAUAAAUAAAACGUUGCACUUUUUCUGUAUCCUACGUCUCAGGGUGAAAUAAAACAACACAAGCAACAGGAGUCUCUUUG